AUAAUAUACCUGAACACGAGCUGUGCACGGGCCAGUGUGAUUUGAGUCAGCAAGGGAAAGAAUUCCCUAAAAGCUGGACAACAGGAUGUUCUUAAGAUGAGCCAAAGCCGUCGACUGAAAACUCCAUGGACCACUCAGACCCAUCGUCGUGGUUUUGGGAUUUGACCAGAGGCUGGUUUCAUUYGUGAGUGAUGUUCACAGCAGCCACAGCGCUGAGACACCAUCACAGCCAAACCUUGUAACGGUGACUGUCCUAACAUCAAACAGAGCUCGGAUAAAAGCAGCUCUUGCAAGGCUUCACAUUUUGAGAGUCAUGUAAAAACAUUUUCAUGUGAAAACGGAAAAUGGCUUCAAGAGGRAAAACAGAGACCAGUAAACUAAAACAAAAUUUGGAGGAGCAGUUGGACAGAUUAAUGCAACAGCUUCAAGAUCUGGAAGAAUGCAGAGAAGAGCUGGAUGCAGAUGAGUAUGAAGAGACCAAAAAAGAAACUCUGGAGCAGCUGAGUGAGUUCAAUGACUCCCUGAAGAAGAUUAUGUCUGGAGAUAUGACUUUGGUGGAYGAGCUCAGUGGGAUGCAACUGGCAAUACAAGCAGCCAUCAGCCAAGCAUUUAAAACUCCAGAAGUGAUCAGGAUGUUUGCAAAGAAGCAGCCGAGGCAAUUGAGGACAAGACUGGCAGAGAUGGACAGAGACUUAAUGGUUGGGAAGUUGCCACGAGACCUGUACACCCAACAGAAACUGGAAAUUCUGACUGCCCUCAGAAAGCUUGGUGAGAAGCUCACUGGGGAUGAUGAGAUGUUCUUGUCAACAAAUGCUGGUACAGCCCUGAGCCAAUUUGAGAGAGUCUCUACUGACCUUGGAUCAGGAGACAAAGUCUUUGCUCUUGCAAGUGUUGAAGUAGAAAAGGCCAAACAAUGAAGAGGUUCGUGARGCUUGUGUCUGCAGUUAGCAGCAGCAUUGGAUUUUUGUCAUACUGCAUUUGGUUUUUCUAUUUCUAACAUGUUGGAAAAAAACAAAGCAAAACAAAAAGCCCAAGCCCUCAACCUCUUGGGUCCUUAAUSAGAAGAUAUGAAGUAAACAGCCUUAAGUGCACUUUGGAACCUUGGUGUCUGUACCCUUUAAGUAAUACAAAUUCUGAGGCUGAACACUGAGUGGAACUUUAAAACAAAAGCAUGGUAUGACUGUCUUUGGAAAGAGUCAGCUGUUUUAAACUYUUCUGAAUGUGUAUUUCUCUAACUAUUAAAACUUAAUCUUUUUGCAUGUG